AUGGACAGUAAAGUCAGCAAGCCAGUGAGGAGAGAGAAAGCUAUGCUUCCACCAAGGAGAGGUCAGCUGACAGCCAAGGUAUUUGAGGAAUUGGUAGAGUCAGUGAUGAACAUGACAACAGGAGGGUUUGGAAAAAAGAACCAAGAUAGCCAUGGCCAAAGCUCAGAUUCUUCAAAUCUGCGGGGAAGCGGAAAUGGUUCUGAUGGAAAGAGUCAUGUUCGAAGAGAGUUAGGACAGUUGAAGGAGUUCAAGGCCACUUUGAGACACCGAAAUAGCAUCACAAGGCCUAUUUUCAUGAGGACAAAAAAAGAAGAGGAGUCUACACCAAAAAUAUUGUGUACAAAGAGGUCCUCCCACACCCCAGGCAAGAAAUUCGAAGUGAAGGUGUCUGAUGAUGAAGUCCCAACAACUCAAUUUUCAACCAUCGAUCAUCUACGAAAAUAUGACACCAAUUGGCUCCUAAUGGUUAAGGUUCUUCGGAGAGGAACAAUAGUUACUUUCAAUAACAAUAUGUGCUCCGGAGAACUUUGGAAGGUUAUUCUAAUUGAUGAUGAGGGAGCAAGAAUUCAAGCUCUAAUGUUUACCGAUGCAAUUGCCAAGUUUGGAGACUUGUUUAAUGAAGAUAAGACGUAUCUCAUUUCUAAUGGAGUAGUGAACUCAACAAAUAAAAAAUUCAGCAAUGUACACAAGGAUAUUGAAUUGUCACUCACAAUCAAUACCAAUGUGCAAGAAGCCGAAACCGAAAUACUACCCUAUCAUAAGUUCUAA